CGCCUACCCCCUCUGUCACUCAGAUACACACAUAUAGAUACACACACAUGCCGAUUUAGUCUCUAAUAACUGCCUCUACAAGGAUACAACAUAAAAUCCAGAAUUGUUUUUGCCUAACUCGGAUGCAGCUUUUUAUAUGUAUUUUUAGGGGGUGUUUUUCCUCUUUUUACCCUCAAAAGAAAAUCACCUGGAUUUGGAAGAUAAUAACUUGUGUGUAUUGAUAGGAGAAAAGAAAAGGUGGAAUUGAUGACUGUGAAGUGCAAUUUAGGAACUGCAUUUGUGAAGAGAGGGACUGGGGAGGAGGAGAAGGUGACUGAAGGAGGAAGACGAGGAAGAGUAUGGGUCACUCUUCUGUGUGCAUCUUUCUACUGUCCCUUUAUCUGACUCAUCAAAGUGUUGCAGCGCAAGCUGAAGCAUGCAGGACAGUGGUUCAGGCCGACAUAGUGUUUCUGGUGGAUGAGUCCUGGAGCGUGGGUCAUAAAGACUUUUCCAGAGUCAAAGACUUCAUCUCAGCCAUCAUCUCCUCCUUUCAGGACAAUGUGGUCGGAGCUGAUGGGGUCCGUUUUGGAGUCACUGUCUUUGGGGAUGUUCCAAGGAUGCGGAUUGCUUUGACAGACUACAGUUCCCUUGAGGAGGUACUCAGAGCCAUCAAAGACCUUCCCUAUGAAGGUGGAUCCAGGAGGACUGGCAUAGCACUCCAGUUUCUGGUCGACUCUGUUUUCAGCCCCGUCAUCAGGCGGGAUUCUGCCCCGAAGAUUGCUGUUUUGAUCACAAAUGGACAGUCGGACGACCAGGUCAAUGCUGCAGUCAGAGCAGUAGAAGACAAUGGAAUUACUGUCUUUGCAGUAGGCCUCAUGGGGGUUGAUGAGGCAGAGCUUAGGAGGGUUGUGUCGGAGCCACAUGCCGAGCAUCUAUUGCCGGUCACUGAUUUCUCUACCAUGGACACCAUCCUCCCCAAACUGUCCCGCAGAGUGUGCCUCACUGCCUCUGAACCCCCACGCCCUGUGAAAACUUCCCAGCCUAGCGAGGAACGUGUGGUGGGUCCCAGAGACCUUCAGGUUAGCGAACUGGCCCACAGUUCUCUUAGACUGACGUGGAGCCAGGCCACGGGUGAUGUCACCGGAUAUCGCCUCCUGGUCACUCCACUGAGCUCGGAGGGACAACUCCUUCCUGUGCAGCAGAGACAGAUGGAUCUGAAGGCAGAUGUGAGCACAGCCAUGGUGACAGAGCUGAGUCCCAAAACCGACUAUUCCCUCACCGUCUAUGCCAUGUACCCAGGCCUCAUAGGAGACUCUGCGACAAUCAAAGUAAAGACAACGCCUUUGCCCGAAGUUUCAAACUUCCGUGUUAUUGAGGAGGGCCUGUUCUCCCUGCGCCUCGGCUGGACACCCCCCCAGGGGAAGCUAAAUGGAUUCAAGAUCUUCAUCCCGAGAUCCAACAGACCAGGAUUCAUUUAUGAGCAGCUGCUUCCCAGAGACAUUUCCUCUCAUGUGAUUGACAGUCUGGAGGAGGAUAAGAAGUACACUGUCAGUAUUUAUGCUGUGUACCCCGAAGGACCAAGUAAACCAGUUUCAGUAGUGGGGAAGACAUUGAAGUUGGUGCCAGUUCAUCAGUUUCUGGUCCAAAAUGCCACCACAGACACCGUUCAAGCAAGAUGGGCAUCAGUUAAAGGUGCUACAGGAUACCGUUUGACAUGGGCAUCUACAGAAGGCCACAUAGAAAACAUAAACCUCGGGGACAAUUUUAACUUCUACAUGAUACAGGGCCUCCACACAGGCUCUGAGUACACCAUCACCAUCAACCCCAUCUUUGGAGACACUGAGGGGCCUAUCACCACUGCAAAAAUCAAGACAUUGGAAAGUAGUUCAGUACAGACUCUGAAAGUAUCUGCUGUGAGCACAAGUACUGCAGUCGUCUCAUGGAACAGUGUCCCGGGGGCUACAGGAUACAGAUUGGCAUGGAGACCCACCCCAGAGUUUGUUGGUCGGGAUCGUCCCAGGCAAUUGGCUCUGAACACCAGCACUACACAGUACCAGCUGAAAAAUGUAGCCCAUGAUACGGAGUAUGUCCUGACUCUUUACGUGCUGUUUGGCGCUGCGGUUGGACCUGGCAUCGCUGCCACCUUCAGAACUUCUCCUUUGGGUUAUGUGUCAAACUUCAAGGUGACAUCCUACACAAGCACCACUAUAGAUGUGGCGUGGAGUCCCAUCGUUGGAGCCACCGAGUACAAACUCUCUUGGAAAACAGAGAAUAGCAAACCCCAAGUCCAGUACCUGGAUCGUAGCAUCCUCUUCCAUCGUCUCAAAGACCUGAAUCCACAGUCUACCUACACAGUCACCAUCUGUGCAGUGUAUGGCAACUCAGAGGGACCAGAAAUCUCCUUAUCUCAGCUCACAGCUGCAGUGUCAGAGUCAGAUCCAAUCCAGCCAGUAAGGGAGGUGAAGGUUGAGGACAUUGGAGUAAAUUCCUUCACACUAUCUUGGAAAAAAGCACCAGGGGCUUCUGGAUACAAAAUCUCUUGGAUCCCAUUUCUUGGGGGUGAUGAGAAGUCCCACGUGGUAUCGGCUGAUUUUGCUUCCUACACCAUCCGCAACCUGCGAGAGAGCUCAGCUUACAAGAUCCAGGUGUCCUCCAUGGUGGGCAGCAGGGAAGGAAGCGCUGUCCUGGUCACAGCACGUACCUUGGAUCUUCCAAAAGUAGAAGGAUUUGUUGCUUUGAAUACAACAGACAACAGUACUGUUCUGAACUGGACACGCGUAGCUGGUGCCUCAGGAUAUCGCCUCUCCUGGAGGCACAUCUCAGUGUUUGACACAAAAACAGAAUUCCUUGGCCCUGGAUUCACCUACUAUAAGAUCAGUGAUCUCUUGUAUGGCAGAACAUAUCUUUUCACCAUCAGACCUUUGUAUGGAGAAGUGGAGGGGCCUAUAAGCACCAUGUAUCAGAGAAUAUUGGGACCAGCUCGCCCAGCGUUAACAGUCCAGCCUGUGCCACCUACAGUGCCCCCCCAUUCCCCACCUAUCACUGGGGACUCCCAGACUGCCUCUAUCAUCAACACAACCACUGCUCAAUCACCCAUGAGGACCACCUGGCACCCUGAUGUUGUGCUUCCAUCUGAGUCCUUAACAACCAAGAAGCCCCACGUUCAGCCAAGUGUCACUGAGGGCAAGGCAGGAGCAGUCACGUCCUUUCGAUUAACCACACUGAGUAGAGUGACAGAGAAAAAAACACCACCACAACCAGUGUGCGGUAAGACCAAAGCGGAUAUAGUGUUCUUGGUGGAUGAGUCAUCGAGCAUUGGCACUGACAACUUUAGGAAGAUGAAAGACUUCAUAUUUCGAGUGGCUACAUACUUCCCCGUAAUUGGUUCACAGGGCACGCAGAUAGCUGUGGUUCAUUACAGCGAUGAGCCUCGCAUUGAAUUCCGCCUUAAUGACUUCAAAGACAGAAACUCUGUGCUCAGGGCUCUCCGAGCGCUCCGUUAUGGAGGGGGCAACACCAAAACCGGAAAAGGCAUCAGCUAUGUUCUGCAAGAACUGUUCCAGGAGGCUCAUGGGAUGAGGCAGGAUGUACCCCAUGUUCUGGUUUUGUUUACAGAUGGCAAGGCCCAAGACAAUGUGGUGCCGCCCUCCAGAAUUGCCCGUGCCUUGGGGGUCAGCGUCCUGGCAGUUGGAGUUUCGAAUGCAGAUCGUGAAGAACUGAAUAAAAUUGCAGCUCCCACCAGCUACAAAAACAUCUUCUAUUCACCAACUUUUGAUGAUUUUCCCUCCGUGGAGAGAGAAUUUAUCAGAAGCCUCUGUAGUGACGAACUCGUCACAGAGUUCAAACUACAAGAUGAGGGUGCUCAGCUAGACACCCCCACUGAUGACCCAGAGGACAUCCUUAAGCCCGAGGGUCCAUGCCUAACUCAGUGCAUGAAGGGCCAAAAAGGGGAAAAGGGAGAAAGUUUGGGUCUUGGUCUGAGAUUCAGACAAAGCCCUGGAGAGUUUGAUCCUUUCACAUCUUCAAAAGGAGAAAAAGGAGAAAGGGGACUUCCUGGAACUGACGGUGUUCCUGGUUUGCCAGGUCGCCCAGGAAGAACUGGACCACCGGGUUCUGCUGGCCAGCGGGGCACUACAGGUGUUCCAGGUGACAUGGGUCCACCUGGGCUCCCUGGUCCAAAGGGACAGAGAGGAGAAAGAGGAGAGCCGGGAUACGUCAUAGCUGGUACGGAUGCAAAUUUUGUGCCCGGACGAAAAGGAGAGCCAGGCUCCUCAGGUCCCCCAGGACCUCCCGGUCUUCCAGGGGUCAAUGGAGCUCCAGGUCUGCCUGGUCAGCCAGGAUCACCGGGGCCACCAGGAAUAGCUGUCAAGGGAGAUCCCGGAGAGCCGGGUACAAAAGGCUUACGUGGGAAGCAGGGCGUGAAAGGAGACAAAGGAGAGCCGGGGAAAGAUGGCAUUGCAGGUUUGCCUGGUCCCAUUGGUGUUGAUGGGGGACCAGGACUGCCAGGCCAGAAAGGAGAAAAGGGUGAGGAGGGAGUUGGCAUACAAGGUGUUCAAGGUCCUCAUGGAGAGAAAGGAGAGAAGGGAGAUAUUGGAUUAGCAGGACCAGUUGGCCCAAAGGGUGAGCGUGGAGAGCAGGGCAUCCAGGGAAUCAUUGGACCUCGGGGGAAAAAGGGAAUGAAAGGGGAGCCAGGAGACAAGGGAGACCAAGGAGAGGUGGGACCAAUAGGACCACAAGGACCCCCAGGGCCGGUAGGACCGAUGGGAUUAAAGGGAGAUGAAGGUCCAAGAGGACCUGCUGGAGACCCGGCAAAGGGUGUAAUUGGUCCAGCUGGGAAAAAGGGGGCCAGGGGGGACAUCGGUCCAGUUGGUUCCACAGGCCCUCAGGGAAUAAAGGGAGAACAAGGAGACAAGGGAGAAAAGGGUAGUCCUGGUUUUGGGAUUCCAGGACAGCAGGGGCAAAAGGGAGAAAAUGGAGAAAGGGGAAAUGUUGGUUUAUCAGGAAAACCAGGACAAAAGGGGAAAGAUGGCUCUAAAGGUGAAAAAGGGAGCAUUGGAUUACCUGGCAAUCCUGGAGAACCGGGAUUAAGAGGUAAAGAUGGUGCACCUGGAGCUAAAGUAGAACCGGGAAUGAAGGGUGAACAAGGACCAGCUGGAGAGCCUGGUGAAAGAGGAAUCAGGGGUCCAUUGGGAUUACCAGGAAAACCAGGUGACACUGGAGAAAAAGGUGACCCUGGCAAGCCUGGCCCACCUGGUGCCGAUGGCAAAAAAGGUGACAAAGGAGAGGCGGGAAAGCCUGGACCUCCGGGAACACAAACUGGUUCAGACAACAUACUGACCAGAGUAAUUAAGGGCGAUCCUGGAGAGCCAGGUCAGCCAGGUUUGCGAGGAGAAAUGGGCCCGCCUGGGCCACAAGGUCCAGAGGGGAAACCUGGAUUACCAGGACAGUCUCCGGGUGAUUCUGGAAGAGAUGGAUUAGAUGGCUUACCAGGAAAACCAGGAAUGAAGGGUGACCAGGGACAGAAAGGAGAGCCUGGUCCGAAAGGAGAUCAAGGCCGGGUUGGGAUUGCUGGGAUGCCUGGCUUACCGGGGACCCCUGGGAGACCUGGCAUUGAUGGGAAGAGGGGCCUGCCAGGAAAAGAUGGAGAAAGAGGACUCAAAGGAGAUGACGGCAAGAAGGGGGACAAGGGAGAUGCGGGUGCUGAUGGUAAAGAUGGUAGUAAGGGUGAACCAGGGCUUCCAGGUUUGCCUGGGAGGCAGGUGCUUGUCACUCCUGAGGGUGCUACCAUUGAUGAAAUCCGACAAGCAUUCCCAAUGCCAAUGGGUCCUCCAGGACCUACUGGUUCUCCAGGAUUGAAGGGCGAUAAAGGAGAAAGAGGCCUGAAAGGAGAAAAGGGUGACGCUGGAGCUCCAGGACAAUCUCUUGAGAUGAAGGACAUUGAGACAAUGUUUGAAGCCUACGGUAUAAAACUUCCUUUGCUGAAGGCUUUGAUUGACAGGUUGCUGCAGGAUGGCAUAGAGGAGCUGCUUCAUGUGCUCAGCAACUCCAAGAAAACAAAAGAAAACACAGAAAGGCACAACUCCAACGUCAUCACUGACUACACAAGUUUGGAGAAAUUUGACGUCACCAGCAGACCUCUGUCAAAAGUGGACACUUUUGAGGACAUUGAUGUAGAUGGCCAGCCUCCUGAAUCUAUCUUGGUUGACCCUUUAAAUGAAACUGCAGAGGAUCAAACUUUAUGGACCGUCAACACGCUGAAUGGAGAACCAGAGCAUGACACAAUUGAGACCAAUUUAAAGGAGACAGUAGACAGUACUGAAACUUCCUUCAAAGUUAAUCUGACUGCAGUCAAUUCUACUUCCAAUUAUACAAUGACCAAUGAGAUGUUUUCAGGAUUACCUCAAUCUGUAAUGGAGACUGUUCUCCUCAAUCAGGAGGACUCACUGAAGAAGAAUUCAGGACAAAAGAAGAAGAACAGGGAACGUGGGAAAGGCAAAGGAAAUAAAGGACGACAUAGGAGGCAGAGACAACGCUUGACAAGUGAAGAGGCCGGGCAAGACGAAGAAGACGAGUUUUAUAACGGCGAGGAUUACAGUUAUGAAUACGAGGAAGAACUUACCACAAUUGACCCCUUAAUCCCUCGGGACUUCGGGGAAAACAGACAGCUUGAAGUCCAAACAGAUGAAUUUCCUCAUCCAGUGGAUGAUAAGGAACAAUUGCUCACACCCAGUCCUGCCCAGGUCGAGACCUUAAGUCAACCUAUAACAGUCUUCUCAGACAGAGAAACGGAUGCACAGGUUAUCUUGCCAACCACAGAGUCACCCUCUCGACCCUCUGAUGAUAUAGAGAAGUCUACACCUCCUUCGGCAACAGAAGAACCAGAUCAGGGUCCAGAGGGGAAACCUGGAUUACCAGGACAGUCUCCGGGUGAUUCUGGAAGAGAUGGAUUAGAUGGCUUACCAGGAAAACCAGGAAUGAAGGGUGACCAGGGACAGAAAGGAGAGCCUGGUCCGAAAGGAGAUCAAGGCCGGGUUGGGAUUGCUGGGAUGCCUGGCUUACCGGGGACCCCUGGGAGACCUGGCAUUGAUGGGAAGAGGGGCCUGCCAGGAAAAGAUGGAGAAAGAGGACUCAAAGGAGAUGACGGCAAGAAGGGGGACAAGGGAGAUGCGGGUGCUGAUGGUAAAGAUGGUAGUAAGGGUGAACCAGGGCUUCCAGGUUUGCCUGGGAGGCAGGUGCUUGUCACUCCUGAGGGUGCUACCAUUGAUGAAAUCCGACAAGCAUUCCCAAUGCCAAUGGGUCCUCCAGGACCUACUGGUUCUCCAGGAUUGAAGGGCGAUAAAGGAGAAAGAGGCCUGAAAGGAGAAAAGGGUGACGCUGGAGCUCCAGGACAAUCUCUUGAGAUGAAGGACAUUGAGACAAUGUUUGAAGCCUACGGUAUAAAACUUCCUUUGCUGAAGGCUUUGAUUGACAGGUUGCUGCAGGAUGGCAUAGAGGAGCUGCUUCAUGUGCUCAGCAACUCCAAGAAAACAAAAGAAAACACAGAAAGGCACAACUCCAACGUCAUCACUGACUACACAAGUUUGGAGAAAUUUGACGUCACCAGCAGACCUCUGUCAAAAGUGGACACUUUUGAGGACAUUGAUGUAGAUGGCCAGCCUCCUGAAUCUAUCUUGGUUGACCCUUUAAAUGAAACUGCAGAGGAUCAAACUUUAUGGACCGUCAACACGCUGAAUGGAGAACCAGAGCAUGACACAAUUGAGACCAAUUUAAAGGAGACAGUAGACAGUACUGAAACUUCCUUCAAAGUUAAUCUGACUGCAGUCAAUUCUACUUCCAAUUAUACAAUGACCAAUGAGAUGUUUUCAGGAUUACCUCAAUCUGUAAUGGAGACUGUUCUCCUCAAUCAGGAGGACUCACUGAAGAAGAAUUCAGGACAAAAGAAGAAGAACAGGGAACGUGGGAAAGGCAAAGGAAAUAAAGGACGACAUAGGAGGCAGAGACAACGCUUGACAAGUGAAGAGGCCGGGCAAGACGAAGAAGACGAGUUUUAUAACGGCGAGGAUUACAGUUAUGAAUACGAGGAAGAACUUACCACAAUUGACCCCUUAAUCCCUCGGGACUUCGGGGAAAACAGACAGCUUGAAGUCCAAACAGAUGAAUUUCCUCAUCCAGUGGAUGAUAAGGAACAAUUGCUCACACCCAGUCCUGCCCAGGUCGAGACCUUAAGUCAACCUAUAACAGUCUUCUCAGACAGAGAAACGGAUGCACAGGUUAUCUUGCCAACCACAGAGUCACCCUCUCGACCCUCUGAUGAUAUAGAGAAGUCUACACCUCCUUCGGCAACAGAAGAACCAGAUCAGGCUCUGUGGGAGAUGGAAGUGCCUCAACCUGAAAUCAGGGUGAAAAGAGGAACAUUUUGGCCUGACUCCAUGGCGUUCAUGCCAGGUGCCCCAGGAGGACGAAAUCGGUUUAAGAAGACACAGCAACACAUCUCCUCUGGAGCUCAGGGUUACAAAAUCUGGAGCAAGGAUGAAAAAGAAAAUCCAGGCCUUCAGACACACAGCCGGAGUGAGAGACAAGAAGCACGAGAGAGAUGGAGAUACAUCGAUACAGAGACAGAGGUUCCCACAGAAACAAUAGGUGGAGGAGAGGAAGAGACAAAAGCAGAAGUGGAAGAUUGGGGAAUGGAAAAAGAGAAAGAGUUAAUGCCUGAUUUAAAACCAGUCCCUGAUCCAGUCUAUGAGGAGGAGGAGAGAAGUGGAGACAAUGACUGGGAGACAGAGGAAGGUGUAGAUCAAGAGAAGGAAGAAGAAAAGGAGGACUUGGAGAUGGAGAGAGAGAGGGAUCGGCUGGAGAUGGAGAGAGAAAGACAGGAACUGGAGAAAGAGAGGGAGGCCGAGCAGGAGAGGGAAAAAAUGGAAAGCGAAAGAGAACUGGAGCGGCAGAGGGAGGAAUGGGAGAGGAUGAGGGAGGAGAUGGAGAGGAGGAGAGAGGGAAAUUACGAUGAAGAAGCUGGACUGCCGUACCCAUAUCCCCCAGGGUAUUAUUUACUGAAGGGACAGCCAGGUGAAAAUGGAAAACCAGGACAAAAGGGCGAAAUUGGUGAAAACGGACAGAAGGGGGAGCCGGGCAUCGGUCACAGAGGGCCAGAGGGUCAGGCUGGUCCUCCUGGACAGAAGGGUGAGCCCGGUGAGCCAGGUCCUCCAGGUGCUCAGGGCAUUCAGGGAAUCCCUGGCAAUCCAAGCAUCCAGGGUCCCACAGGUCUUAGGGGUCUUCCAGGGGACCCAGGAGAGGCAGGUAGAGAGGGCAGCCGAGGUAAAAGAGGGAAGAAUGGCUCCCCAGGAUCUCCUGGACCUCGAGGACCACCAGGACCUCAUGGUAUUCCUGGCAUACCUGGAGAAAAAGGAGAAAAGGGUGACAGUAUACCAGGUGAACCUGGUGAGAGAGGCGUAGUUGGCCUCCCAGGUAAAAGGGGUGACAAGGGCUCUCCAGGUGUUAAAGGAGCUCCUGGGCCCAUAGGUCCUAAAGGACUGGGUGGGAGCAGAGGUGAAAAGGGAGAUCGUGGAUCACCUGGAGUCAAAGGAGAAAGGGGCAGUGUGCUUCAAAUCCAAGGACCUCGUGGCUAUAAGGGUUCCAAAGGACAGCCAGGUGAGCGAGGUUCACCUGGUUUUGACGGCGAUAAAGGAGAAAAAGGCGAGGACGGUCCUCCUGGGGUCAAGGGUGUAAAAGGUAAUGCAGGUAUAAAAGGUGCAAUGGGAAAAUUUGGAGCACGGGGCCCAGUAGGACAAAAAGGAGAUCCAGGAGAUCCUGGAGUCAAUGGAGUGAUGGGUCGCAAUGGGGCUGAUGGGCUGGAUGGAGCCAAAGGGGAUAAAGGAGACAAUGGACUCCAAGGACAACAGGGUAAUCAGGGUGAUCCAGGAGAACCUGGCUUACCAGGAGAAAAAGGGGAGAAAGGGGAGAAGGGUUUCAGAGGUUUUCCUGGGCGCACUGGGAGCCUUGGCCUGAAUGGAGAAAAGGGCGAUAUGGGGUUACCUGGCACCCCGGGCAUACCUGGAUUGAAUGGGGUCACGGGACGCAAGGGAGACAAGGGAGAAGGGGGAAUCAAUGGUGUUGAUGGUGAUCCUGGAGUAAAAGGGGAAAAGGGUGCAGCAGGUUUCCCAGGUUUCCCAGGUUUCAAGGGGUCAGCAGGAAGUCCAGGAAGGGACGGUAAUAUGGGACCACUGGGACUGCCAGGGCCCCAAGGAGACAAAGGGCCUAAGGGGGAGAGCGGUAAAAGAGGCAGAUCAAAGAAGUGUCAGAGUGGAGCACCAGGGACACCAGGACACAGAGGAGAAAAUGGUAAAGUUGGUAUUGAAGGAGCAAAAGGGGAGAAAGGAGAGCCUGGACUCUCAGCUGAAGAAGUGAAGGAGCUAGUCAACCAGGAGGUGGUAGAAAAGUGCGGAUUGGAAUACAAGUUCAUGGUAAAAUCUGUUGACCCAGAUGCAACAACUGCAGUGACUAAGAAUGAAAAUGACCAAAAAGACGUUGUGAAAUCUAUCACCCAUGACCUGCAUGAACAAAGUAUGGAAGAAAACAUGGCAGACAACAUGGGAGAAGGGCACCCACAAAACCAGACUGAUACUCAUGAUGGAGGGACUGUGGAGUGGGGACAAAGGAAGAAGAGAAGGGUAUAUGGAAGAAACACAGCAAACCGCUGCUUGGAGCCGAUGUCAGAAGGAGCCUGUUCAGACUAUUCUCUGGUCUGGUACUUCCACGCCCGAUCGGGGGAAUGCAGACCGUUUGUUUACGGGGGCUGUGGUGGCAACCAAAACAGAUUCUCCUCCAGACAUGAGUGCGAGGAAUGGUGUGAGACGGAGAGUCGAGUUGUGGGGGGACCAAUCAGAUCGCGCAGGGAAUAAUCCUUUAAACAGUUAAUCCAGUGACUGAAAAGAAAUCCUGCUUUGAAGAGAUUUUUGGUUAUACAAUAUGAAUGUGCGGAUACUAUAGAUGCUAUAAAAAAAUGUACACCUCCACACCCACAGAACCUUGGAGACUGAGCCAGCAACCCCCAAACAAGUAAUUUUGUACAUAACUGUGUAAAAUGUUAUUGUUUUUGCAUUUUGCAUUGCUCUUAUUUAUAUAUUUUAACAGAUGUUUUUCAAUUUGUUAUAUAUGGAUAAUGCGAUGUGAUGUAGUCUAAAUGUGAAUGAUUUUUUUCUUAAUUUCACAUAACAUCUACACAUGUAAGUAUGUUUUCUUGCAGCUGUGUUACCAAAAUAGACUGACAUUGACAAAGAUUUUGAAUGUAAAC